GGACUAUGACACGUAAAAAAUGUAAUGAAGGAAAAAAGUGAAGUCUAAUAUAGUAGUACUUAUCAUACGUAGCUCUUAAACUUUUUUAUGCAAACUCUGCAUAUCCUCCAAAAUUGUACUCAAACUAAUGGAACUUGCAUAACCGGAUCAUUCUACCCCUCCCUUCACUCUAUAUUUCUGUCUCCCCAUUCACUUCACAUAAUCACAUUGUGCCUUCUCCAUGGAAGACCACUCAACACCACCGUUACCUCUCAAAGCAUACAGAUUGAUUGCAUCAUCCAUCUUCUAUGCCAAGUCCACCACCUCCAACAACUCCAUUGCUCCCCUCUUUCUCUUCAAGCCCUGCACCACAACCCCACCAACUCAAAUCCUCCAAGACAUCUCAGUCACUGCUUAUCCAUCUCAAAUCCUAGCCAUAGUUGGCCCUAGUGGAGCUGGAAAAUCCACGCUGCUCGACAUUUUAGCUGCUCGAAGAUCGCCCACAAAUGGCAAUCUUCUUCUCAAUUCUCUCCCUCUUAGUCCUUCUUCGUAUCGAAAACUAUCCGCUUAUGUCCCUCAACAUGAUGCAUGCCUUCCAAUGCUUACUGUGGCUGAAACUUUCACAUUCUCUGCCUUGCUUCUUUACCCCAAAACAUCUGAAAUUGACACAAUUGUCUCUUCUCUUCUCAGUGAACUUAGGCUUACACACUUGGCCAACACAAGACUUUGUCAUGGCCUAUCCGGCGGGGAACGUAGACGGGUUUCUAUAGGCCUGAGCCUCCUCCAUGACCCUGCUGUGUUGAUUCUUGAUGAACCAACUUCAGGACUUGAUAGCAGCUCUGCUUUCAAUGUAAUGCAGACCCUGAAAUCAAUCGCUACUUCGCGUCGAAGCACUGUGAUCUUGUCCAUCCAUCAACCAAGCUUCAAGAUUCUCUCUACUAUUGAUAGAAUUCUUUUGUUGUCCAAAGGAAGUGUUGUUCAUCAUGGAACAGUAGCUUCACUUGAAAGCUUUUUAUUCUCCAAUGGCUUCACUGUCCCUCCGCAACUCAAUGCCCUUGAAUAUGCCAUGGAAAUACUGAACCAGAUCCAGGAGAAUAAACCCAACACUCCACCUUCACUUCCUCGAUCGCCAGACAAUUCUACAACAACCCCACCAGAAAAAGAAGCUCGAGAUGUUCGAUAUAAGAGCUCAAGACUCCGCGAAAUCUUGAUUCUUUAUGGCAGAUUUUGGAAAAUCAUAUACAGAACAAGACAGUUACUUUUAACAAACACCUUGGAGGCACUAAUUGUGGGUCUUGUUCUAGGAACAAUCUACAUCAAUAUUGGAUAUGGCAAACAAGGUAUCGAGAAGAGAUUUGGUCUCUUUGCAUUCACUCUUACUUUUCUCCUCUCCUCAACAACCGAAACUCUUCCAAUCUUCAUCAAUGAAAGGCCAAUUCUACUCAGAGAAACCUCUAGUGGGGUUUACAGACUCUCAUCAUAUCUUGUCGCAAACACCCUCGUUUUCUUACCAUACUUGCUAGUAAUAGCUGUUAUAUACUCCAUUUCAGUUUACUUCUUAGUGGGUCUCUGUGCUUCAUGGCAAACUUUCUCUUACUUUGUUUUGGUCAUCUGGGUCAUAAUCUUGAUGGCUAACUCAUUUGUUCUGUUCUUAAGCUCUCUGGUUCCGAAUUACAUUGCUGGGACUUCUAUGGUGACUGUGCUUCUCGGUGGCUUCUUUCUAUUCUCUGGGUACUUUAUUUCUAAGGAAAGCAUGCCAAAGUACUGGCUCUUCAUGCAUUUCUUCUCCAUGUACAAGUAUGCUCUUGAUGCUCUGCUCAUUAACGAGUAUUCCUGCCUGGUCUCAAAGUGUUUGAUUUGGUACGAAGAGAACAAAACUUGUAUGGUGAAUGGACUUGAUGUGCUGAACAAGAGAGGGCUCCAUGAGAGGCAGAGAUGGACAAAUAUUUAUGCUUUGAUUGGGUUCUUUCUGCUCUACCGUGUUCUUUGUUUGCUGGUUCUGAUCAGAAGAGUCUCAAGAUCAAAAAACUAAAAUGAAAUGUUCUAAAUUAUUAAUCAAUGUGUUUUUUAAUUGUUGGAUUGCCCUCUUUUGAUCUUGUUUAUUACAUGCUAAUCAAUGCAGAUGUUUUGAAGUAAUCAUGUGAAUCUACAUUGCAUGAACCAAACCAGUAAAUUAUAUAUUGCAAAGAAA